AUGGCGAAGCUACACGGCGCGGUCCUCUUGCUCGCGCUCCUGCCUGGCCUCGCGGCAGCUGUCUACUGCCCCAUGACCGUCCGGCGCGUGCGGCUGGCUGCCGGCGCAUCACCGCGGGAGGGCCGGGUUGAGCUGUUGGCCGGGUGCGAGGGCAACAAGAGCGCAGAGUGGUACGGCAACCUGUGCCAGCUGGACGUGUGGUAUCGCGACUCAGAGUAUGCCGGCGUGAACCCAGACAACCUCGCCAGAGUGGUCUGUCGCGAGCUGGGCUUCGGCGGCGGCCUACAGAAACGGUUUCGCGUCGCGCGGCGCCGGCCGCAGCUGGCAGGCAAGGUGGUGUGCACAGGGGGGGAGGCCGCGGUGGCGGACUGCGCUGGGCCACCGGACGGGUAUGGCAGACUAUAG